AUGAUCGUACCGGCAAGCCUGGAGCGUUCCGGCGCGGGUUACAUUCACAUACAUGCAGAAACGCAUAAAAAAGAAUCAUACUUGCACGAGGAUGCCGUGGAGGGUGGAAAACUUUUGCUGUCUGACCACUCACUGCUUGAGAAAUGCGUAAAAAAGAAGCGCGAAGAACUGGAACGUUUGCAUAGUGAACCGUUGGACGUUAGCGAUCGUCUUGUGGAUAGUCAUGAAUCCACGCCAUCUCGAUCAUCUGCUUCAGAAUUGAUGCGAGCCUGUUCCGCUCGGGUGUUGGAACCAGCUCGUGAGGUGCCAUACAUUACGGCACCAAGUCGUUCACGUUUGGGUAGCGUCGAGGUGGAGCCAGCUGUCUUAAAACAAACGCAAAAGGCAUCAAUCUCGGGAAAUAACAAAAUGAUGGAACUAUUAGCCUCCGGAGAACGAAUGCUUUCAGCCAGCUAUCAUGGCUUGAAGCUUUCGCCCAUCAGCAACAGAUCACAGCGUUCAAAGUCGGUGACAAAGCCAACAACGUUUGAAUUUGAUGCGCCCAUGUCACCAUUUGAACAACGCCUACAGAACCAGGCACUUCAGCUUCGAAAAAUUUCGGCUCUCUCUGAAAACGAUGUUUCGGAUGAGCAGUUGGUAAUCAAAGAAAGACGCCGAAUGAAAGAGGCUACAAGGGAAGGCAAUGAAGGGAAUGUGGGAGAAGGCAAAGAGGGACGGAUUGAUGAGGUGUGCAUGGGGAGGUAUCUUAUAAGGAUGAGUGGAGGAAAAGCGUGUUUUUUUCGGCAAUCGCUUAACAAACAUAAAGUAGUGCUCAACGAACGUCGUAGUCAAAGCUCAUAG